UGGGCGCAGCGACGCUCUUUACGCGCGUCUGGCUCUGACAUCAUCAGAUCUGAAGUUACACAUAUGGCAAUGCCGCUCUUGCGGUGCAGUCCAGUCGCCUUGAGACGAACGGACUGAAGCCAGCGCCAUUAUGUCGCUUACCUGGUCGGCGAAAGAACACAAAAACAUGAGUCAAACUGCAGCGACAGGACAGAAACGAUCGCGUAACGACGCGGGGAACAAAGUGACGGUGGUCCUCGGUGCGCAAUGGGGAGACGAGGGCAAAGGGAAAGUCGUUGAUUUACUAGCGACUGAAGCGGACUAUGUGUGCAGAUGUCAGGUAAAUAUUGUGAUUGGAGAUUUCAGCUGACAAUUUAUGUGGGUGUGUUCUCGUGAUAUAUUUCCUCUAUCCCAAAACUCUCAAUAGAAUCGGUCUUUUACUGGCAGCUUGGUAAAGCGCAACAGGUGCUCUGGGUAAAAACGUUUGCACCUCUGUGAUUUGGGAAAUGAUUAACAGAAUGUUGUGAACACAGGUUUGGAGGCGGGUACGAAUAAUACUGAGUGAACAGCAGAUUUUUUUAACAGAGUUGUCAAGGAUUAAAUAAGAUUAAAUAGGAUAUGGUGCCAUUUUAACUCAGAUUUUACAGUUUAUGUGGAUACAGAAUGUUAAUUCUUUUAUACCUGUAUUAGUGACAAAUCUAACAGGGCUGGUUCCUCUGUUGGUCUCUAAACUUUCCAAGAAGUUGCUGCAAACGACUAAAUCCAAGUCAUUUGCUCAAUAAAAUAAAAAUUAAAAUCAUGUUAACAGAUAGUUUUAGUGUAAUGGAUGAUAAACUCCAGACAGGUCAGUUAUGUCUACUUGCAUAACACAUCCACACAAGCUUCUGGAUAGAAGUUAGAGGUCAGUCCAGCAGUGGAACACACAGUGAAAGCAGCCAACUGUUGCUGUGUUGUACUUUCCCCACUGACAGGACUAGCACCCUGUGUUCUGGAGGCUCGAGAGCCCCACCCACCAGGCUACAGAGAGGUCACAUUCUCAGGGUGGCUUGAUAUGUGAGAAGGCCAGGUCUUAGCCAGGAGGGAACAGAGUGGAGGAUCCAUCAGCACCAGCCAAGUCUGUUAAAAAAAGUGCUGGAGGAGCCUGGGAUGAGGGUGGCUUAUCACUGUCUGGGGGAAAUAAAAUAAGACUUGUGAAUUUGGACAGAUCUUCUCUAGGGAAAUCUUAGGUGUUAACAUCAUUCUGCAUUUGAGUGUUUCACCAUCAAAACUGAGUACCCUGCUUUGAUUUUCAGGGAGGCAACAAUGCGGGUCACACAGUGGUAGUGGAUGGGAAAGAGUAUGACUUCCACCUUCUCCCCAGUGGAAUCAUCAAUCCUAAAAGCAUAUCGCUCAUUGGUAAUGGAUCCGAUAUGCACUAUUUUAAAGCCAGUACUGUUACAGUGUAUAUGACUCUUUUAAUCCCUUCCCUUUGCUCUUAUAGGCAAUGGUGUGGUCAUACAUCUACCUGGCUUGUUCGAGGAGGGCGAUAAGAAUGAUAAAAAAGGUGAUAAAUGAAAAACCGCCUUUCUUACAUGAUCUGUUGGUGUUUAUUAAGAUUGAGCACACUCACAUAGAUGUGAUGAUUGUUUUGUGUCCAGGUCUGAAAGGCUGGGAGAAGCGACUAAUCAUCUCAGACAGAGCUCAUCUUGGUAUGUACAGUACAUGUAAUUGUUUGGAAAAAGUUAACCUUGUUCAAGUAAGUGUGUGGAGGUUACCCUUUAUAGAUUUGUUUGUCAUCUCUUUGCAGUGUUUGAUUUCCACCAGGUCGUCGAUGGCUUGCAGGAAACUGAAAGACAAGCACAAGAAGGAAAAAAGUAAGUGUUUGGGAAGGCUCGGCAGGCAGGAGAUGGUUUUAAAAAAAUUAUUGUAGACUUCAGAACAUCAAUCAAACAAAUUAGCAUGAAUCCUAAACAUAACUUGAUAUCUUUUUCUUUGGUGUGUGUUUCUUUAUGAAGUAUUGGAACAACCAAAAAGGGCAUUGGACCGGCAUACUCCAGCAAAGCAUCUCGCACGGGCCUACGUGUAUGUGAUCUCCUUGGUGACUUUAAGGAUUUCUCAAUGAGGUAUAAAUUUAGGGAGCACCAAUUUUUAAGGCUGAACUUAAUUUUUGUAACAUCAAUCAUGAUUUUACUUCCUUUCAGAUUCAAGAACCUUGUCCAUCAGUAUCAGUCCAUGUAUCCAGCUCUGGCAGUUGACGUUGAGGACCAACUGAAAAAACUUAAGGUAUAUAGACUCAAAGACAAAUUUGUAGAGCACUGCAAGAAAUUAUACAACACAAUAUAAUGCAAUACAAUACAACAGAUGGUAAAUGGACUUGAACCUCUUCUAUCUGAGCUUCCUGACUAUUUGAAGCACUUUUACACAACCCAUUGUCACAUAUCUCCAAUUCACAUCCUAUUUAUAUACUGAUGGCAGAAGAUGCUGUAGGAGCAUAUUAUCACCCUAUUACCAGUCUCAUUCCUGUACAUAUACACACGAUGUCUGCUGUAGCAAUCUAGUGUUUAGUGUACUAGCCAAGGAAACUUGAGCAUUUGACUGCAGGAGUUGGGAUGGAACCACCAACUUCUCCAGAGUGGCGGGUGAUUGCACCACAGAGCCACAGCUGCACAAUAGAGUAGAAUAGAAUAGAUAUCUUACAAACAGCCUUCUUCCAUCUAUCAGAUUUGAUUUUUCCAAGUAAUUAUUGUUAUAACUUCUAGUCUUCCUGUAGAAUAGAAUAAAAAGAUUUUGUUGUUAUUGUACUAUGUACAACUUCAUUAAGAAAUACUCAAUCUUAAGUGCACAGCAUUCAGGCAACCACAGAAUUUGCAAACAUUUGUAAGUAAAACAGUGUAUACUGGAUAAUGAAAUUAAUAUUGCACUGUUAAAAUGCAUCACGCACAGUAAAAUUUAUAUAUUGCACAAAGUAAAACUCUAUAUUUGCACAGUCAAUGUUAAGUUGUAUACUGCAUUGUAAAGUAUGUAUAUGCAAAGAAACAGAAAAACACUUCAUAGCGGUAGAAAUGAAAUUAUUGUUUCUUUCAUUGUGCAGGAAUACGCUGAGAGAUUGCGGCCUAUGGUGAGAGAUGGGGUCUAUUACAUGUAUGAGGCUCUUCAUGGUCCUCCAAAGAAAAUUCUGGUUGAAGGGGCCAAUGCAGCUCUCCUUGACAUUGACUUUGGUAAGGUCUGUAGCAGUGACAUGAAAUGCAAUCUGGGAAAGAGUCCAUGUUAUAUUAACAUAAAGAUAUUCUCUCAAGGCACAUAUCCCUUUGUGACGUCAUCCAACUGCACUGUGGGUGGGGCUUGCACCGGCCUUGGCAUCCCUCCUCUGAAUAUCGGUGAUGUAUUUGGUGUAUCAAAAGCCUAUACAACCAGAGUAGGGAUUGGAGCUUUCCCUACAGAACAACUCAAUGUAAGAGUCAAAAAUAUCCUGUACAGUUGUCUCAUGGUUAGAUUGCUUCCCUGGCCUGUAUGUUGAAUGAAGAAGAGACGCACAACAUGUUAUGUAACCCGCUGAUAUCAAGCCUGGGAUGUACAGUUUAUUUGUGAUCAUAUGGCUAACACGCACACACACAGCGGGUCUGUUUGAGGAAAUGGGAGGGAAGGAGAGGGGUAGGGUUGUUCUCAUGCAGGGUGCAGCUGUCAAAUUUUGUGAGAGACAGGCUCUUUACCUCUUAUGCAGAUCACAUGUUCACAAGGAUAAAUUUAGGGCCAGAGUCUGGGUUCAGGAUAUAUUUACUGUGUGAGCAGGGGUUAUGUUACUUGUCACGGGAACUGACCACAGGGACACAGGUCAAGAUCUUAACACUUUACCCCACUGCUCAUGUGAUGUGUUAUUGUACUCAGCUGUGUGUGCGACAGGAGCCCUGAUGGUAUAUUUUUAGGUUUCAUCGGUGAAGCCUGAGAUCAUAAAGCUAAGAAAUAUCAAAGUAAAUGUAGCACUGUAUUUCCCUGUUUGCCUCAGGCAGUGGGAGAGCUGCUGCAGACAAGAGGUCAUGAGGUAGGUGUGACCACAGGAAGGAAGAGACGCUGCGGUUGGCUGGAUCUUGUCAUCGUCAGAUACGCUCAUAUGAUUAAUGGCUUUACCGCGUGAGUAGCCUGAGCUUUCAUCAGGUGUUCUUUGGUUUUGAUGUUUGGAUUGAGUGUCACAUGUACAAGAACACACUUUCUCUACACCACCAUGUGGUUCAUAAUAACAAGAAAGAGUAUAUACCAAACUCCUCUGUAAUGUGAUAUCUGUCCACAGCAUUGCUUUGACAAAACUUGACAUUCUGGAUGUGCUUGAUGAAAUAAAAGUCGGAGUCGCUUACAAACUUAAUGGAAAAAGGAUCCCUCACUUCCCAGGUGAGGUAGAAUAAAACUCACAAAUAAUCUGCUUAAACUGAUGAUGUCCAUGUAGAUUCUCAUUCAUCCAGGUCAUGGUUAUCUUAAUUUUAUUGACCGUGAAAUAUUUUUUUUCUUUUUUAUACAUAGCGAACAUGGAUGUUUUGCAGAAAGUAGAGGUCGAGUAUGAGACCUUCCCUGGUUGGAAGACUGACACGUCUGCUGCAAGGAAGUGGAACGACCUCCCAGCUAAAGCCCAGAACUACAUCCGCUUCAUUGAGAACCACAUUGGAGUUCCCAGUAUGUCAGACAGAAAAAUAAGCUUUGAUGGACAAAUGUUUUCUUUGUAGAGCUAAAAAUCAUAGUCAACACUGUCCCUGAAGGCCUCUGAAUAAGAAUAAAUAAUAACGCAUGAUGAGAUAGUAGAUAAGGUUCAGAAAGUUGUCUUCCAUCCAUCAGAUAUAAUCUGUCUUAUCUUUCUCUUUAUUUCUGUCUCUCUUUAUAGUCAAGUGGGUCGGUGUUGGAAAGUCCAGAGAGUGCAUGAUCCAGAUGUUCUAAAGGAAGACCUUUUUCUGCCUUGAUGGAAGCGCUGAAAAUGUGGCACACAUGAAUCAACAAGGAUGAUCAACUUCUUUAACGGCUAAUAAACAAAACAUCUAUGUGACCCUUUGAGCACUGUUUACUUUGCUUGUUUUGUUGUAAUAAAAAGUCGUUAAAAUUA